GCCCCGGGCUUUCUGCCCUCCUCUUCCCCAGGGUUUUCGGCCCCGGGGGCGGCUCCGGGGGCCGGGCGCUGCUCCCCGGCGGCUCUUUGCGCUUGGGAGGUGGUUCGCAAACUGCUCCGUUUACUGGAAACUUUGGUUUCCAUUCGCUGUCCCGGGGGUGUGCGCGGCGGCGGCAGCCGUAUAAAUGGAGCCGGCGGCGGGGCAGGGCGGGCGGCGCUGAGGGGCAGCUCCCGGCUCACCGGGGACCGGCAGCAGGACCAGAACCGGCAGCAGGGGCAGCACCGGGGCAGCAUGGCCGAAGAGCUGGUGCUGGAGACGUGGGACCUGCAGUGCGAACGCAACGGCCGCGAGCACCGCACGGCGGAGAUGUGCUGCCAGCAGCUGGUGGUGCGGCGCGGGCAGCCCUUCGCCAUCACCCUGCACUUCUCGGGCCGGCCCUUCGACGAGGGGGUGGACAAACUGGCCUUCAACGUCGAGACAGGGCCGUGCCCCAUCGAGACAUCAGGAACCAGGUCGCACUUCGCCGUGACGGACGUGCCGGAGGAGGCAGCCUGGAGCGCGGUGGUGCAGGAGCAGGAGGGGGACUCGGUCUCGGUCUCGCUCUGCUCCCCCCCCGACGCCCGCAUUGGUCGCUACAGCCUGACGGUGGAAAUCUCCACCGGCUACGAGGGCAGCAGCAGCUACAUCGGGCACUUUGUGCUGCUCUUCAAUGCCUGGCACCCAGAGGACACGGUUUUCCUGCGGGAGGAGGAGGAGCGCCGGGAGUACAUCCUGUCACAGCAGGGGCUCAUCUACCAGGGCUCCCGAGACUACAUCACCUCCACGCCCUGGAACUUUGGCCAGUUUGAGGAUGGCAUCUUGCCCAUCUGCCUGGAGCUGCUGGACACAAACCCCAAAUUCCUGAGGGACCAGGACCGGGACUGCUCCCGGCGCAACGACCCUGUCUACAUCGGCAGGGUGGUGAGUGCCAUGGUCAAUUGCAACGAUGAGGACCGGGGGGUGCUGGCGGGGCGGUGGGACAACCAAUACGGAGAUGGGAUGAGCCCCAUGGCCUGGAUUGGCAGCGUGGAUAUACUCAAGAGGUGGAAGAAUCUGGGGUGCCAACCAGUCAAGUAUGGCCAGUGCUGGGUCUUUGCUGCUGUGGCAUGCACUGUCAUGCGGUGCCUGGGCAUCCCCAGCAGGGUGGUGACCAACUACAACUCAGCCCACGACACCAACGGCAACCUGGUCAUCGACCGCUACUUCAGCGAGACGGGCCAGGAGGAGCGGCGCUCCAGGGACAUGAUCUGGAACUUCCACUGCUGGGUGGAAUCCUGGAUGGCUCGCCCAGACCUGGCACCUGGCUACGAUGGGUGGCAGGCGCUGGACCCGACGCCCCAGGAGAAGAGCGAAGGGGUCUUCUGCUGCGGGCCAGCCCCUGUGCGAGCCGUCAAGGAGGGCGACCUGCAGCUCCGGUACGACAUCCCCUUCGUGUUCGCCGAGGUCAACGCCGACGUCGUGUACUGGGUGGUGCGGAGCGAUGGCACCCAGAAGAAGAGCACCCACUCCUCCGUGGUGGGCAAGAGCAUCAGCACCAAGAGCGUGGGCAGGGACAGCCGGGAGGACAUCACCCACACCUACAAGUACCCGGAGGAGUCUGAGAAGGAGAGGGAGGUGUUUGCCAAGGCAGAGCGCGAAACGAGCUCGCUGCGGCAGGCGGAGGAGGGCCUGCACCUCCGGAUCAAGCUGUCGGAUGGGGCCAACAACGGCUGCGACUUCGACGUCUUCGCCGUCGUCAACAACAACACCGACACGGAGCGGCUCUGCCACCUCACUCUGGGCGCCCGCACCGCCAGCUACAACGGCACCCUCGGGCCCCAGUGCGGCAUGAAGGACCUGCCCGACCUCACCCUCCAGCCCUGGGCAGAGCAGAGAGUGCCCCUGCGCAUCCUGUACCAGGACUAUGGGGAGAACCUGACCCAGGACAACCUCAUCAAGGUGGUGGCACUGCUGACCGAGCAGCAGAGCGGUGACGUGGUCGUGGCUGUCAGGGACAUCCUCAUCCAGAACCCAGAGAUCAAGAUCAGGGUUUUGGGGGAGCCAAUGCAGAACCGGAAGCUGGUGGCAGAGGUCAGCCUGGUGAACCCCCUCUCUGUGCCCCUCAACAACUGCGUCUUCGUGGUGGAGGGUGCCAACCUCACCGACGGGCAGCAGGUCAAGGAGCUCGAGGAGCCAGUGGAGCCGCAGGGGCAGGCCAAGGUCAGGCUGGACCUGGUGCCUCGCCAGGCAGGGCGGCACAAGCUGGUGGUGGACUUCGAGAGCGACAAGCUGCUGGGGGUGAAAGGCUACCGCAACGUCAUCAUCGCCCCCCAGCCCAAGUGAGUGGCCACACGGCCCCCGCCCCGCCCAGACGCCUGCCCCCUCCUGCCCUGGGCCUCCCCAGCCCCUCGCUAGCUUCAGCCCGAGGUGGUCGCAGCCCUCCCUGCCGCCAGCGAGCUGGCCCUGGUGCUGUGCUCCUCCCGGCAGAGAGUGGUGGAGCAGGGGCAGGAGAGAGGGGCUGGGGGUGUCGGAGGUCCCUGCAGCACCUGUUCUUUUCACUACCUUUUCCUCCCCCCAUGGGGAAGAAGCAUCCCAGCCCUGGGUGCAGCAGGGACCUCCUAAGCCACCCCUCCAAGCCGGGCAGCCCCCUCCUCCUCCUCCUCCUCCCCCCCCCAGCAGUGCUGACACCCCGAGCCCAGAGCAGGUUCUACAAACCAAAUCCCAGCACAGCCCCCCCCAGCAGCCCCCAGAGCUCAGCCCUGCUCCCCUGGGCCGCACGGGGAGAGCAGAGCUGUGAACUUGAGCUGUCCCCAGGCCCCGUGGGCACCCAAUGGAACCUGCUGAUGGCCGUGCCCGUGCCCGUGCCCUGCACAGAACCCACUGCAGGGGCGCAGCGGGGCCUGAGCUUGUACCAGUCCUGGCUCCUGCGGCUGCAGACAGCAGGGAGAGGGACAGGACAUGGCUCUGACACGAGUCAACUCUGCAAGCACUGAAUAAAACUCUCUGUUUUUCACUUCUAAA